AUUUUCCGCACCCAACAUCAAAAAAUAUACAAGUAGUCCUCGACUUAGGGCCACAGUUGAAUUCUUGGAGUUGGCAUAGGGCGAGGUUAGGAGGGAGCGAAAUAAAAUGGGUGACGGAAUAAGUGAAUGGAAAUUAGGUUUGCACUCUUCCAUUUGCCCUCUAGCCCUACUGAGCGAUGUCUUGACAAAUCACACCCCAGGAAUGCCAACUUCAGGUGAAAAACAGCCAAUUUAACACACGCAACCGACAAAGCCACACUGUGGUGAUGUGUACCUUCUGUGUACCUUCUGAAUGCAAUCAACUGUGGCUUAUGAGCAGCACGGAGCAACUCGGCUCUACAGGAUACGCUUUCUUUAACCUCCCCUAUUCGAUCCCAUCAGCUGGAAGACUCGCCAGACAACUACACCGCAAAGAGGAAGAAAGACCCUGGGAGGGAGGGCCUUUCCAACCCCCUUUUGCCCCGUUUCCCCCUCCCCUUUCCAAUUUGCACAACACCCUCUAGUAAAAUGUGUCUGGCUAAUUUGUGGCUCGGUUGCUUUGCUGGCUUAAUUCAACCAACCACUCUUUAAAAAGUAUCCUGGGGAAUAACUCGUUAAACUAGGGUUGGUUGGCCCUGGAUCAUGCCUGCAGCACACUCCCAGGUCUAUCCUAAACACGAUGUGGGCUUAAACCCCGCCACUCACAUCCUCGUUUCCAAGCUAAGUCCCCCCACCCCCAAAAUGCACAAGGUGGGCUGGCAUUGGCGUGUGCAGGAGGCGGUAGACGAAAGCGAGCAAAGUGAAGAGAAGCGAGCGGGGCUGUGUGUGAUGUGCAUUUCUCCUUCCCUGCCGCAAGCAAAACUGCUCGUCUCGAAGAAUCAGAAAAAUGUGGAAGGCAUGAGAGAGAGAAAUCGAGCAUCGCCUGGGGAAUCCAUCUCCACAUGAUCCCACCUUACCCUCUUUCCCACCAGCCCUGGGGGGAUCUAAUUGCUUUCCUACGAUCCUUCCAAGAAUGGAUUUCCAAGCCAACCAGACCUCAAACGAUUCGGAUUCCGUUCUAAACAUCUCACAGCUGGGACAAGCCUUCUCUCCCGAAGGCGACCUCGGCUCCAUGAGUUAUUCGACUAUUAUCAUGUCCACCCUCUUUGGUAUCAUCUGUCUGGUGGGCAUCAUUGGCAACAGCCUGGUGAUCUGCGCCGUCUUGAAGAAAUCCAGGCCCAGCAGCACCGUACCUGAUAUCUUCAUCAUCAACCUUUCCUUGGUGGACCUCCUGUUCCUUCUGGGGAUGCCUUUCCUCAUCCACCAGCUGUUGGGCCAAGGAACCUGGAAAUUCGGAGGGACCAUGUGUACCAUCAUUACCGCCUUGGAUGCCAACAGCCAGUUCACCAGCACUUACAUCCUCACCGCCAUGUCCAUUGACCGCUACCUGGCUACCGUCUAUCCUUUCUCCUCCACCCGCUUCAGGAAACCUCCUCUGGCCAUCAUGGCCAUCUGCAUGAUCUGGGGCCUCUCCUUUCUCAGUAUCACUCCUGUCUGGAUGUACGCCCAGCUCAUUCCCUUGCCAGGAGAGCUCCUGGGAUGCGGGAUACAUCUGCCGGAUCCUCAGUGGGACAUCUACUGGUAUACCCUCUACCAGUUCUUCCUUGCUUUCGCCAUCCCAUUCGCGGUCAUCACCGUGGCCUACCAGAGAAUCCUUCUGAAGAUGGCCCGAUCUUCUGAAGCUCUGACCAGGCAACGGGGCACCCAACUCCGGAUCAAACGGGUGACACGCAUCGCCAUUGCCAUCUGCUUGGCCUUCUUCUUGUGUUGGGCUCCGUUCCACGUCCUACAGCUCAUCCAACUGGCCGUCGAGCCCACCUUGCCUUUCUAUUAUGCCUACAAUGUGGCGAUCAGCCUGGGUUAUGCCAACAGCUGCCUCAACCCUUUCAUCUACAUCUUGCUGGGCCAGAAUUUCCGUCGGAGAAUCACGGUGUCCGACCAACCUCCAGAUGCAGAGGGACUUUUCCAACCUCAAGUCAAAAGCGCUCCCGGAGACCCCAGUGAAUCUGGGCAGCCUUUGCUACAUUUGGUCUCUGUCUUGGCCAGAUAGAUGAUAACAAAUGGAUUUAUUUGGGCGGAUUAACUCCAGGGAUAUGUGUUCAUCCACCAGCUCUCACCUCACAAUCAGGAGGCUGCGAGUUUGAUCCUAGGUAGAGGCAGAUAUUUCUGUUCUGUCCCCAACCACACGCACACACACCAACAGACGUUCAAGAGUUGCUGAGCACAUUGUAAGCCGCCCUGAGUCUUCGGAGAAGGGCGGCAUAUAAAUCAAAUUAAAAAGAAAAAGAAAAAGAAAAAAAAAGAGUUAAAGACCAAACCAGCCAGCAAAAUCCUUUUCCUUAUGAUAACGGAACUUGGCAACAACCUAGUGGCUGCCUGCCAAGAGUUUAUUAUUUACGAAGAGGAGAGAUAACUUCUCCCCACUCCUGGUACAUCAAAAGAAACAGCUCAAUAAUUACGGAGUCAAUCAAGUCCAGAGAUAAUCCAGCAAAGUCUAUAGCAAAAAGUCCGGCAAUGCAGAAUGGCGUGGAAGCUUUCAGCUUUGUUCGUCACAAGGUUUGACUGGCCACCACGCUCCCUUUUAUAUCCUGUGGGGUGUGGUCCAGUGACUCAGCCUAAUCUCAGGCACGCCUUUUCUUCUGUUGCGCGCGCUUAUCUCUGCGACGCUGGCGUGGAUCCAGCCAAGACUCAUUACCCUCAUCACUGUCCAUCUGUGGCUGCGUGGACGUGCUUGGCCCCGGCCCUAUCUCUUGCCCUUCGGCGGACAUCGAAGGCAUUGCCAGAGAGGAGGGUCCUGGAGAGAGAGGCCUUGCCAACUCCACUCCUUCACUCUCGGAGUCCUCUCCUGCCGAUGACCCAGGCUCAGGUAACGGAGCCACAACAAUUUCUCUCUCUGGGCACAAUGAGAAUUUAUCUACUGAACAAAACUCCGCAUUGGCGACAGGAAGGGCAUCUGGCCAGAAAUCACUCAGCUCCAUUCAGUUGCCCAGACUCCACCCCACAAGGGAUUAUGGGGUCAUUAAAUGGAGAUAUGGGUUCAUCCACCAUUUUUGAGAACUGGGGCCUUUGUGUGCAAACUGAUCGAUAGCUUAACCUGCAGGAGCAGAGUCAUUAAAUAAAUCAAUGUUUUGCAAAACUGGCAGCUUUAAGAGGUGUGGACUUUAAGUAUACUGGCUGGGGAAUUCUGGGAGUUGAAGUCCACAUUUCAUAAAAGUGGCCAAUUUUUUUGGGGGGGGAAACAUUGAAAUAAACCAAUUAAAAGGCGGCUGAAGGAGACGUUGUAUGCUUCUGUUUUUUCUGUUUUUUUAGUAUUGAGAUUCUCCAAACACACCAAAUUGAUCCAUCGAAAGAAACGUUUUAAAUGACAUCCAUACCCUCAUUAUUAGAAGUGGGGCAGAAAUCAUUUUGGGACAAGUCCUAUAAAAACAUUCACCAGCAAUUUUGCUUGAUAUUCUCAUUUAAAUUGGAGUCUUAACUCCAUCUAAUAUUGUAUAUAUACUGGCAUGCUUAUGCUGAUUAAAUUACAAAUAAAAGAUUGCUUUAUUUUGUGUUUUGGUUUAGUUUCGCCUAGAGUUUUGACCUUACAUGUUUGUGAACUGUAUUGUACAGUCCAAAAUCUUGAAUAAAGAGAAUCUAACUUUC